GUACGUGUAGGUGUGUUUAUGUGUGUGCGUAGCUCCUACAGCUAUGUUAAACGGAUUAUUACUUUCCUGGAGUGUGAUAAAAAAUCAUGUCUGCUAACGGCUCAGCUCCUCCUCUGCCAAGGCGACCAUUCCCCACAGAGACUCACUGAUCUGCGGUAUGAAGAGUCGAAAACAGAAGUCUGUGAGAGCUGGAGGGAACAGAAAGAAAGUCCCAAGCGAUGUGUCCCCCUCCACCAGCCUCCCUCCUCUGGUUGAGGGCCAGCUCAGAUGCUUCUUGCGGGUGACCAUAAGCCGGAUGCUAUGGACAGUUCAGAAACCUCCAUCUGCAACAUUCAUCAGGCUGCGCUGGUGGGGCGAGUCAUCCAAUGGGACACACUUCUUACCUAGAGAUGGAUCACAGCUGUCCCAGAAGACCAUCAAGACCACAGCUUGCUUCCCCAUCCGCUGUGGGCCGAAGCAAUUCACCUCAUAUCUUGCAGAUAUGGGCUCUCUGGUGCUGGAAGUUCUUACAAAGCCGGAUCAUCUGCCAAUUGCAAGGGCGCAGGUUGCCGGCAUAUCUCGCCUCUCUCUGUCUCACUCCAUCAGUGGUUUUUACACCCUCGUUUCCCCCACAUCUGAAAAGCUGGGAGAGUUACAGGUGUCCCUCAAUUUGGAGCCUCUGACAGAAGCCUAUGACAGCAGCAGCUCGUGCCCCGCCACAGAUAUCAGCAUUGAGGGACCACAAGUCGCUGCACUAACAGUGCCCUUGCAGCCCAGAUCGCUCUCAGCUGGGAGCAGUGAUGGAAGCACACCCAGAGGGAAAGACCAUUUAUAUUUCCAAAAUGGACAGACUGUGAAAGGCAAAGGAGAGUCGCUGGAGAACGAGAUGCCGAGAACCAGCAGAUCUCAGAACAGUCACACAGCUGUGAAUCCUUCCACUCAGGAGCAUCGUGGCCAAACAACCAAUGACAUCCUCUCAGUUAUUCUAGAGCGUGGAAACAAGCUGAGAAAUGCUAUGGUUGAAUCAGCUUUAAAAUCUAAUACAGAUUCUGCACCAGCUCUGAAAGACACACCUCUGCCUCUCCCAAAGGAUAACAUCCUGCCAACUUCCAAGCCCUCCCCCUCUCCCUCUGGGAUGUUGCUGCAAAAUAUUCUUCAUGCUGAUUCAGCUCUUAUGCACUCUGAGGAUGUGGCCGUAGUCAAAGACGAUGGCUUAGACUGUCCGGCUGACAUGGAUAACAGAGCUGUGGAUCUGCUCCUCGGCAGCCUCAACACUUCUCCUCUGCCUCUGUGGGAUGGAGAGGGCUCCUACCCUGAAUCCUUGUCUGCUCACAGCAGCGUGUGUGGGGAUAGUGAACUCAAUGAUCCCCAGUAUGAUCAGAGCUUGCUUGAAAAUUUGUUCUAUAAAACUCCUAUAUCAGAUGUGACACCAAAUGACCCUGGUUCUGGUGAUCAAAGAACAGCGUCUUCCAGUCAAAAACAGACAAAACAGCUGAUGCAGUCUGGACCUCUGAUAAAUAGACAUCUAAAUUCAGGAUCCCAGCGGUCUGCAGACGCUGCUGGUAUUCCUCCUGGACUGAGUCCAGAGCAGAUGACUUCGCUGAGUUUGAUCCGACUCGCAAGAGUGACCAUCAAUUCCCUGAGUGUACCUACAGUUGGUACAAACACCACACCUAGAAAAACCUCAAGUAUUGGAAGACCUCCUCGACCAGUAACCAGCACCAAGUGCACAUAUUUCAUUGAAUAUGCGUUCCCGAAGGCGCCAACCUCCAGUCGACAUGAUAGAAGUAAGAGUGGAGAAGGAGAGGUGACCAGAGCUGUUGCCAGUAAAGUCACGGGAGGAGCCGUGAGGUUUCAGCAUCAAUCCGUGUUUCCGGUCCGCCUUGGUGCAGCUACUGUAAAAAAAUGGUGGGAAACUGAUCUGUGUUUCAAGAUUUACUCUCGGAGGAGCCACCAAAAGAAACCUGUUCCUAUUGGUAAGGCAGUUCACCCUCUGCGCUGUCUGCUGCAGAGUAAGCAGCUCAGUCAGUCUGUCAUCUUACCAGUGCUCAGUGUGGAAUCAAACAGUGGAACACAAGAGGUUGGACCUCUAAAGGUGUCUCUAGAGCUCGCAACAGACAACAAAGACUUCUCCUCUCAAAAACAUGAAAGUAAGCUGGCUUGGAGAGACGCACCGCCCUCACAAACUGCACCCAGUCCACACAGAGAGAGCAGCUCCAGACUCCAACAUGCUGACAUAAGCAGGGAGGAGUUAGCAGAUGGCUCUUUUGAGGAAUCAAGGCUGAAUGUUUGGAGUCCACAGAAACCCUCGAAAGACCCUGCUCUCCAUCCUGGCCUCCACACACCUCCUCAUAAACUCUGUCAGCAGGUGGAGGAGGAUCCUGAGGUCCUGCUGCACACCUUACUCAUGGUGCCAGAUGGAAAGGACUUUACCUGCGGGAUUGGGCAGGCUCCAAAUGUGUACUUGAACUGUAAACUGUUUUGGUGCGAUGAGACAGCGAGAUCUGUCAUCAGCUGGGGUCAGAUGAACCCGUCUUUCAACUUUGUUCAGGUGACUCCUGUGGCCUUAACAUCUAAACUGCUGGAGCGGAUGAAGAACAAUGUGAUGGUGAUAGAAGUGUGGCAAAAGACAGGAAUCUCGGGGCAGGAUCGACUCCUCGGCCUCGUUAAACUACCGCUCCACCAGUUCUACAUGUCGUUUAGGCAAGUCGAAUAA